UGCGCGUAGUUUAAAUAUUAUAAUAUUUUGGCUUUUAUGAUUAAUAAAUCUCGCUGAUGGAUGAUGACGAGGAGACUUAUCGAUUAUGGAAAAUCCGGAAGACCAUAAUGCAGCUGUGCCAUGACCGCGGGUAUCUGGUGACGCAGGACGAGCUGGACCAAACCCUGGAUGAGUUCAAGAUUCAGUUUGGAGAUCGACCCAGCGAGGGACGACCCAGACGCACUGACCUCACCGUUCUGGUGGCCCACAAUGACGAUCCCACAGACCAGAUGUUCGUCUUCUUCCCAGAGGAGCUUAAAGUGGGCAUCAAGACCAUUAAGAUGUACUGCCAGCGCAUGCAGGAGGAGAACAUCACUCGAGCUGUUAUUGUGGUGCAGACGGGCAUGACACCGUCCGCUAAACAGUCUCUAGUGGACAUGGCACCGAAAUACAUCCUGGAGCAGUUUAUACAACAGGAGCUGCUCAUAAACAUCACCGAACAUGAGUUGGUUCCUGAACACAUUGUUAUGACAAAAGAGGAAGUGACCGAGCUGUUGGCCAGAUAUAAGCUGAAGGAGACCCAGUUACCCAGAAUUCAGUGUGGCGAUCCAGUGGCACGAUACUUCGGCCUGAAACGAGGACAGGUGGUGAAGAUCAUCCGGCCCAGUGAAACGGCAGGACGCUACAUCACAUACAGACUCGUACAGUGAAGUCCAGCAGUGUCUUAUUUUUACUAUCUCGUUUUAUUAUUGGAGUUAUUAUUAUUUAUUAUUUGUGCCGUCUGCAUUUUGUGUUCUAUAAUGGAUGAUUGAGAUGUUUGUGA